GGGGUAUUUGUGUAUAAAAGGCCUCAGUUUAGAAGCAGUCAAUACUUUCCGGCAAGGUUUUGACUGAGACCAACAGGGCCCUCAUCUGCAACCAGCAACUUGUCUUUUUUCCUGCUCAACUCCAGGCCUUCUGUUCCCUUCAGCAGCAGCCAUGACUGAGAGACACGUCCCCUUCAGCUUCCAGCGCACCCCCAGCUGGGACCCCUUCAGGGACUGGUACCAGGGCAGCCGGAUCUUCGACCAGGCCUUCGGCAUGCCUUCCCUGGCCGAGGAGUUCCCCACCUUCCCCAGCGCCCACUGGCCGGGCUACCUGCGUCCCAACCACAUGGGACCUGAUGCCAUCAUGCCCCCCACCAUGAUGCCUCAUAUGCCUCACAUGCCUCACAUGCACCACCAUGCCUCCAGCCCCCUGGUGCACCAGAGCUCCAUGGCGGGCCAGCACCCCAUGAUGCAUGCCCAGGGGCCUUCCGCCUACGGCCGCACCAUCUCCCGCCAGCUGAGCAGCGGCAUGUCUGAGAUCAAGCAGACCCAGGAUGCGUGGAAGGUCUGCCUGGACGUCAACCACUUUGCCCCUGAGGAACUGGUGGUGAAGACCAAGGAUGGAGUGCUGGAGAUCACUGGUCAGCACGAGGAGAGACGUGACGAGCAUGGCUUUGUGUCCAGGUGCUUCACCAGGAAAUACACCCUGCCCCCUACCGCCAACAUGGAGAAGGUGGCUUCCACCCUGUCCCCCGAGGGCGUGCUGACCGUGGAGGCCCCCCUCAACAAGCAGGCUAUCAAGGCUGCAGAGAUCAACAUCCCCGUCAUCGGCAGCGGCUCCAAGAACGGCCAGGCCAUGCUCGAGGCGGAGCACAAGGAGGAAGAGUGAAGCUCGUCCAGAAAAACCGACCCGCACACUUUCAGCUUCGUACAGGUGGCUUGCUAAGACGGAGGGAGGGGGGGUGGGGGGGGUGGCUGUCAAAUCGCUCAAUGCUGCUUUUUUGUGUAAGAGCUCAAACCUGCACCCAUGUUUUAGCAGUGGUGCCCAGGGUGGCAGUAGGCUAGCCUGCUCCCUCCCUCUGUCUUUGCAGUGAGCCAGCCUGGGCUGUGUGUGCAUUGUCUGUCAUGUCCUCCUGUCAAUCACACUUUUUUUUAAAUCAAAAUACCCAGUUAUCCCCCCCCCCCCCCCUCCAAUACACACACCCUCCUCAUUCCAGUGAUGCGGUCAGAAGGAUCCACGAUGUUGUCUGCUGCCUUUCCUGCCUAGAUGAGUGUGUAGGUCCUACAGUAACUUCAGAGUCCUGGUCCUACUGCCGGGGUCAUCUGGAGAUGCUGUGUCUUCUCUUCAGCUGUCUGUAGUUGUAUUUGGAAGGCUGUCCCCAUGCAAACCAAGAAUAAAAAAAACGUUAUUUGA